AUGACGUGCACGAUGCGCGCGACCCCGGUCGCGUUCGCGCGCGCGCUGACGCGCCCCGCCGCGCGCCGCGGUCUCUCUUCCGGGUCGCACGGCGCGUCGUCGUCGUCGUCGUCGUCGCCGUGGCGACGCCUCGCGCCCGCGACGAGCGCGUCGCGCGCGCCGCGGUUCUUCCCCGCCCCCCCGCUCCCGACGCGGAACCCCGCGGCGUUUCGCGUCUUCGCCGGCGGCCCCGACGGCCCCUCCGGCCCGAUCUCCGACGACGAGCGGACCCCGACGCGCGACUACGCGAGCGAGAUUUCGUGGAUCGCGCGCGCGGACGCGACCAAGGAGGACGAGGAGGUGGACCCCGCGGCGCAACCCGACGUCAUGGUCAUGCCCGUGUUCCCGCUGGGCAGCACAGCGUACAUGCCGCACUCGGACCACGUGUUGAACAUCUUCGAGCCGCGGUAUCGGCAGAUGUACAGCGACAUCUUGUUCAACGGCAGCCGGAGGUUCGCGGUGCCCGUGAGCGACCCAAAGUCGGGGCGGCUCGCCGCGGUGGCGCCCAUCUUUUACCUCGAGGACCUCAAGGAAGUCUCCGAGCAGACCGCGGACGCGGUGAAGUACGUGUGCUCGCACAAGGUGAUCGGGCGCGUCCGCAUCGAUCGAACGAUCAACGACAAGGCUGCGAGCGAUCGAAGCACGUACCUGAAAGCGGUCGUGGAGCCGAUGGAGGACGGCGACGACGACGAGGAUCUGAGCACGCGCGAGGGCAUCCUCUCGGAGAGAUUCGCGACGAUCAUUCAGAACCAGACGAAGCUCCAGGAGCCGGUUCGGUUCACGGAGAAUUUGAUCGACACGCUGAGCGCGUCGAGAGGCGAGGACGGGCUGUGGCGCCUCGCGGGGCUGUGGCAGUCGCUGCUUCAGAACCGCAUCGGCGCGAAAGAGAGCGAGCUCUCGAACGAGAUCCAGACGCUCCUGCGAAACUACCUCGCCAAGCAAGGGACGGAGCUGCAGAACAAGGUCGCCGUGCAGUUCGACGCGCUGCCGGGGGACGUCAAGGCUGAGUUCACGCGCUUGCAGACGCAGUACAGGGAAGAGGCCGCGCCGAUGGUGAGCGCGGCGCUGUAUCCGUUCGCGCUGCUCGUGCAGUGCGACACGCACGGCGCGCGGCUCGAGGUGUUCGGGGAGAUGUUGGAAGAGGAAGAGGCGCGUCUGCGCGCGAAACUCGCGCUGCAGAGCUUGUUCUCGAGCGCUUCUGCGCCGGGCGGCGAGGCGACGGAGGAAGCGGAAGUCGAAGGGACGGAGGACGCGGACGGGAAGAAGAGCGACGACGCGGGCGGGUCCGAGAGCGCGUGAGGAUGAGGCGGUCGGUUCUGCGCGAGAGAAGAAGUCGCGCGCGUUGUAACAAUAUCAACAUCCACGCG